UCUUCGUCGCCGUCGUCACCACCUCACGCGCUGCCGCUCGAUCUCAUCUCCUUCCUCCGUCGUCCCUCUCGCCGUCUCCAUCAACGCGGCUCCGUCGUCCUCACGCGCACACAUAUACAUAAAAACAUAAACGCUGGCAAGCAUUCACUCCCUCCCACGCUAAAGCUGCCUGCUCCUCCAUUUCGUCGCGUUGCCGUUGCCUCGCCUCGGCUCAGGCUCAGGCUCAGUCAUCAGCGCCGCCAUGGCUGACCGCGUCCACCCCAUGCCAUCUCCCUCCUCCUCCCCGCUUCCACCUCCGCCAGGGCGACGUCCACCCGACCACCAUCACCAACAACCCUCCGUCGCCGACGACGACCCCGACCCCGCGGCGGCGGCGCCGGCCACGGAGACGACGCCGCUGCACCCGUCCUUCUUCCACGACGACCACCCGCUCGCGCUCUCGCCGCCGCCAGGCACGUACAUCAUCCAGGUACCCAAAGACCAGGUCCUCCGCUCCCCACCGCCAGACCGCGCGCGCCGCUACAAGAAGCUGUCCGGCCGUCCCGCGCGGCGCCGCCGCCUCCGCCGCGCGUGCUGCCUCGCCUGCGCCGCGCUCCUCGCCAUCCUCCUCGCCGCCGCCGCCUUCGUGGGCGCCGUCUUCCUCAUCUUCCGCCCACGCCCGCCGUCCUUCUCCGUGCCUUCCCUCGCCGUCCGCGGCCUCGACGCCCUCGCCUCGGCCUCCUCUCCGCCGCUCUCCCCUUCGCUCGACGCCGCCGUGCGCGCGGACAACGGCCGGAACGGGAAGACGGGCGUGGAGUACCGCGGCGGCGGCGACGUCGCGGUGUCGUACGCCGGGGAGCGGCUCGCGGCGGGGACGUGGCCGGCGUUCCGCCAGGCGCCGCGGAACGUGACGGUGGUCGCGGUGGCCAUGCGUGGCCAGGGCGUGCGGCUCACGGACGCGCAGAGGACGCAGCUCGCCGCCGACCGGGCCGUGGCCGCCGUGCCGCUCACGGUGGAGGCGACGGUGCCCGUGCGGCUGCGGUUUGGGAAGGUGCUCCGGACGUGGACCGUCGACGUCAAGGCACGGUGCGAGGUGGCCGUCGACAGGCUGGACGGGAACGCCGCGGUGGUGAAUAAGGGGUGCAGCGUCAGGGUAAAGCCGCUAUGGUGGUGGUGGUGAUCGCCGCCGGCGCCGGCGCCGCCGGCGGUCGUGUCCAUACGCGUUGACGUUGUUAAUGCCGCCUAAUGUAAACGGCUAGUAAUUAUUGAUUACAGUAAUAAUGCUCUAGCAGCGACGGUGCAUUCUGCAUUGAACAGAGAUUACUUCUUGGAGUAUA